CUUCCCCUCCCACAUCCAACCCGAAUAACUGCAGAUGUCCGCAUCCAAGCAACCGCUCUCCGUCUUUCCUUCCACCUCUCUGGCAGGUUUACCGAGAGAGUAUCCGCUAUCUAUUUUUGGAUCUUGUCGAUUCCCCCCCUCUUUCCUAUUCGACCUUUGUGCGUUGAUUCGGGCUUCUAAAUCAAAACCCGUUGUCACAUUUCUCUCCGAGGAAGGUCCGUCCGCGCUGUGAGCAACAGCCUCGACCGACCAGAUUACCGCUUCUUAAUGGAAGACAUCUUCUCUCUCGCUCCGAGGCGCAUUUUCGCAUCUAUUUUGGGCCCGUAUUCCCAUCGACGAAGGAGGGAUGCUCAGUGAAUGAAACGGGGGGGCAGGAAGACCACCAGAGAGAGAGAAGUGUUUAGAGAGGUUAUCAUCGGGGGACGGACUCCGUUUUAAUAGCCACUGGUGCCACGGUGGAUGCCGAUAGUGGGCAGAUUUCUCCGCCUCCAUUCUGAAAGCACCGACGCAUCCAGACGGAAGGUGGAUACGUGGAGAAAUGGAUCCCAGGAGAAGAGCGGAUUAAUUAGAAGGUUGUAUUUCCUCCACAAGCGAGACACCCUGGAGCCCUAGGAGCUCUUUGUCCUCACCAGUCAAAGAGCUUUUACCCGUAGAACCCAGUCCAGCUGCGGAGCCUGACCAGACAUCAUGGGCACGGUGCUAUCGCUCUCUCCGGGCUACCGUAAAGCUGCUCUCUUUGAAGAUGGCCCGGCCACCGUGGGCCACUACACAGCUGUUCAAAACAGCAAGAACGCCAAGGAGGCUGCAGCAGCAGCCAAGUCUCUCAAACGCCCCUCCAUCAUUAGCGCUUUGCCAUGGAAACGGAUCGUUGCUGUAUCAGCAAAGAGGAAGGGUUCCAAGAAGCUCCAGUCAGAAGUUGGUGAUGGUGGGAAAGGGAGCUCUCCAGAAGGCCAUGCAGCCACCACAGCCAACUCAGCCUCCAACAGCCUAAAGUUAAAGAAGUCUCAGUCCUGUGCUAACCUUACGUCAUACUCAGCCGGUCAGGACCCCUCAGCCAACACUACCACUACCUCCUCCCACCUGCCAGCCUCCAAGACCGUUGCCAACGUAGCCGCUGUAGUCGCCAAAAAGAAUUCCCUCACAGGACCAGGAAUCCAGCCUUCCACUGCUGCUGGUACGCCAAAACGUAUCAUUGUCCAGGCUUCCACCAGUGAACUGAUGCGUAGCCUUGGGGAGUUCCUCUGCCGCCGCUGUUACAGACUGAAGCGCUUGUCCCCAACAGAUCCGGUGCUGUGGCUGCGCAGCGUGGACCGGUCCCUGCUCCUGCAGGGCUGGCAGGAUCAGGGCUUCAUCACUCCAGCUAACGUGGUCUUCCUCUACAUGCUGUGCCGGGACGUGGUCUCGUCCGAGGUGGCCUCGGAGCGUGAGCUUCAGGCCUCGUUGCUCACCUGCCUCUACCUUUCCUACUCCUACAUGGGCAACGAGAUCUCCUACCCCCUGAAGCCCUUCCUGGUGGAAGCAGAGAAGGAAGCUUUCUGGGAUCGCUGCCUGGAGAUCAUCAACAGGAUGAGCGGCAAGAUGCUUCAGAUCAACACCGACCCGCACUUCUUUACCCAGGUGUUUGCAGAUCUGAAGAAUGAGAGCAAGAAAGAGGAAGAGAAGACUAAACUUCUCAUUGGCCUUGACCGAUAAGAAGGAUCUGGAAGGGGGUAAGGAGAGAUGGAAGGAUAGAGAGGUUGAAGUCAGGAAGGCCAAUGGGAUGCAGUUUAGUUUUAUGUUAGAGAGGUACCAUUGUCUGGCGUCUCUGCUGGUCUAGGAUUCACCAAAUUUGCUGUUUGUAGCCUUGAAAAAAAAGGGUCCAGUUCUUGAAUAACCGGGUCAGCUAAAGAAGCACUUAAACACAAACAGAUGGCCUGUGGGAGAGUUUUAUCACAACAACGCAAAAACAAUCUGAGAUGCUGAAGUAGUUCCCCUGAUUUCAUCCAAAAUAUUACUUCUUAAUUUGAAAAAUUAAAGUAGUUUGGGUUGAGAAAAGAAAUCUUAAAUCAAAGACAUUCUAAAUAGUUACGCGAGAACAGUGAAAGUCCCUGACAGGACAAAACGUCGUACAAAGUGCCUCGCAAAAGUAUUCAUGCCUCUUGAACUUUAACACAUUCUGUCAUGUUGUAGCUUUGACAUAUUUUAUUAGAGUUUUAUUGGACGCAAACACAUAGCUUUUCACAAUGCUGAAUGGGAAAGAAAAUGAUACACGAUUUUCUAAUUCCCCUGAGCCAAUAAAGUGUAGAGCCACCUUUUCCUGCUAUUACGUCGGCUGUGAGUGUUCUGGUGUUUUUCCACCCUGCUCCUCAGGGCAUGCUGCCCUGCAUGUUUUAGAUGUGCCCCUGCUCCAGUAUCCAUGUGAUCGUGGUUCAGUAAAAGCCCGUUAAUCAGCCUUCAAUUGAAAUCAAGAGUGUUGAGGCAGAUGAACAUCUGAAACCCGCAGGGAAGUGUGUGUUGAGAACCAGGGCUGAAAAACACUGGUAGGAGAGACAGACAUUUCUGCCUAGUUUUCUUUGCUAGACACAUUAGGUCAAGCUACGUCGGAUUUGAUGACUAACGUCUUUGAACGGCAGUUUUCAAGUCUAGCCACUAUUAGAUAUGCGGUCAGGACUUUGACUGGGCCGUUCUAGCAAAAUUAAUAUGGGCCAGAUUGUCAGCCAUUCAUAUGCAUCGCUCUAAAGCAUUUGAAUGUAGCCCUGGUUGAAUGUUCAG